AUGGACGACAUAAUGCCGGGAACGAAGCCAUCGCCGAUUGCCGUGGUGUUCGUCGACAUCCCGGAGCAUACGGAAACGGAACUGGGAUCGUCCGUGUUGUUGGCAUGCCGUACCGCUAAUCCUGUGGCUGAGUGCCAAUGGUCCUGGCAGCCAUUGCCACCAGUUCAUUUGCCGCUUCCGGACGUUAGUGAAAGCCCACCGGUUUCUUCAACCACGGCGAUCCCAACGAUUGCAACUACAGCAACUCCCACGACCCACCCAUUGCCCGUACGACAGUUUCCCGCGUUCGGGAAUAACAGUAACGAUUGCUCCGUGAGAUUCUCCAGCACUAAGCACGAGCAGACAGGAUAUUGGACUUGCGCGGCGAGAGCCUCGACGAGCGAUCCUUUCACUAGCACCGAUCCUGCUAAGCUCAGCAUCGUCAAUGUUAAUCAUGGCAUCCUCAUUACAUUCGCGAAGCACGAGAAUGCCGUUGAGGUGCCGGCGGGAUCCUCGGCGCAAAUAAUGUGCCAGACGAAGUCGCCGGUGCGCGAAUGCCAGUGGUCCUGGCGGCAGCUGAACCAGUCGCAACCCUGGAACCUCGACGUGAAAUCGUUUCCAGCCUUUGGUAAUGACAGUACGGAAUGCAGUAUCAAGUUCAAGAACGUCCUACCGGAGCAAGAAGGCUACUGGACCUGCGGUGCGCGAGUAGAUCCGAAUUCCUCGUUCACCCAGGCGACUCCUGUCCGUUUUCUCAUAUCAGAAGUCGAGUUCGUGCAGUUGUCGCGCGGCGUGCAGGUUGCAGCCGGCGAAUCGGUCUUCCUACGGUGCCUGGCGAACAAGCCGGUGGUACAGUGCGAGUGGUCAUGGAGGGCGUCGAACUCGAGCAAGGGACCACUGCUGGUGAAGAAGUUCAGUCCAAACAAGGACGCUGAACACGACUGUUCCGUGCGAUUCAAGAACAUAUUGUACGAGGAGGAGGGUCUAUGGACCUGCGGGGUACGUUUGACGCCCGAUGGUAUCCUGCACACGGCGCCCGCGGCGACUGUCAGCCUCCUGCCCACAGCUAAGGUGAGCUUCGUCGAGGUGCCGACUGACACGGCGGUGCCAGUAGGUACGGAGGCCACAUUGAAGUGCGUCACUAGCAGCCGCGUGGAAAAAUGCGUGUGGACGUGGAAGCCGUUGCACGGUAGCGAUCCGGAGAUCGUUCUCAAUGAAUUCCCGAGCAACGGUGAUCUCGGUCGCGAUUGCUCACUCCACCUUCCGCAUGUAUAUACGGAAAAGCAGGGUUACUGGAGUUGUCAGGUUUCCAUUAUGUCCCUCAAUACCAUUCUGACAUCGCCGCCUGCGAAACUCGUGGUUUACGAGCAAGAAGAAGUAAAGUUCUCAGAGCUGUCGCAGGAUAUCCAAAUCUCCUCCGGCGGCAGCGUUCUGCUGCGCUGCGUGACGUCCUCGGCAGUGGAACAGUGCCGGUGGUCGCUCACCCCAAUCAAUUCCAACACCACCGUGGUGGUGAAGCAGUUUCCAGCAGCCGGAAACGAAGCUCGCGACUGCAGCGUCCGCCUGAGCCACGCUCUCGCUGAGCAGGAAGGUCUAUGGACCUGCGGCGCUAGGAUACACGGCCAGCAGAACUACACGGAUGCGCCACCCGCGAAGCUGAGCCUCCUCGAGCCAGAACCCGUCACUAUUGCAGUUUGGGCCACACCUCACAAAAUGGUCACUCUUGCAUGUAGAGUCGGAUCUGUGUCAUCGGAGGCCAAAUGCCAUUGGAUUCAUGCUCCAAAAGUUCACGUAUAUCAAAACUCCAGCAGACAGCUUACAAAAAAAAUGAGGCACAACUUGCAGAUGGAUUAUACUACAGGUGUAUGCAAGCUGAUCUUCAAACCGGAUCAAACCGAUCUAGGACAAUGGACCUGCAGAUUUACGGUCAACAAUAGUAACGCCGAUAUUGAGAUAGGAAGCGCAACACUCGUUCUAUUGAACACUUUAACAGAUGAGAAACUAGGAUGGAUUGUGGGGACUCUAACGGCCGUGGUCUUAUUCCUGAUGAUAAUAGUAGUGGUGUUGGUGGUGUGCAAAGCGCGAAUCUUUAUCCGUAAGACACCUGAGAUUUUGGAAACCUUACCUCCUGACGAAAGGAGGCAGAACGCUAGAUUAUGGAGAGAAAAACAUACCGAGGAUCAGGGAAAGAUCAAUUUUCAAUUUGUUGAAGACAACGGUCACACUUCGAACUUUGAGAGUAUCCUACCUAACAGAAGUCCGCGUGUGGAGAAGACUCACAGAAUGCCAUCUAAAACCUACGAUAAUGUUGGACUAUAA